AUGCGACGGCUCGUUGACUUCCGCUCGAAGAAGAGCAAGGCGAAGGUAUCUGCAGAGCUGUCUUCAACAUCCUCAGGGUCAACAGAGCCGGCUGCCACGGCUGCGCAGGGCUUACAAGUGUGGGUCGCAAGUGAGCUGCCAGUACUUGUUCGACCAUGCACGAACGCUGGUGUCGGACCUGUGCCUGGAGAGGCAGAUUACGGAGAACUAACGCCGGAGCAGACGAGCAAGCGGCCGAUCAUCUUCGUGGCGCAUAGCUUGGGCGGCAUUGUUGUCAAAAGCGUGCUCAACCACUCGGACGCGGCCCGCCGAGGCGCCCUCAAAGAGCACCGCGCCAUCAAGCUGUUGACAUACGGCAUCCUGUUUAUAGGAACACCCCACCAAGGCGGCAGCGGCGUCGCGCUAGGCAAGCUUAUGGUCAACGUGGCGUCGGUGUUUAUGGCGGCGGACGACCGGCUGCUGCAGCACCUAGAGCGGGACUCGGAGUGGCUGCAGCAGCAGCUGGGGACAGUUGUCCCCCGAGCAUCGGCUGUGGUGCCAGGCGCAGCAGACGGCGAGCCGAUCGCGAUACACGCGGACCACAUCCACAUGGUCAAGUUCGAGUCGAAGACGGACCCUGGGUACAGGACGGUGUCAGGCCACCUGCGGGUGAUGGCAGCAAGAGCAGGUACUAGCAUCGGUGGGCGGUGUGAUACAGAGGCCAAAGUAAACGUGGUCCAUUCCAAUGAGCCUGUUGCGUCGUUCGCUGUCCAGUCUAUCGUGCCCGAGGUGUCGCGCGUGGACCAUUUCGUCGGUCGGAGCGAGGAGCUGGAUGCCAUCCACAGAGAGCUUGAGCAUGACGGGUCUCGCAAGACGGCAGUCGUACACGGUCUAGGUGGGAUGGUCAAGACACAGCUAGCAUUAGCAUACGCGCAACAACAUAAAGACGACUACUCGGCCGUGUUCUGGGUCAACAGCAAGGACGUUGACACGCUGAAGCAGGGUUAUGCGGCCGCAGCGAGACGCGUCUACCGCGAGCAUCCGUCGCUGGUGCAUCUCAAGGCUGUCGCUCAAGGCAGCGAUCUUGACGAAGCGGCGGAGGCACUGCCAGGUCAUGACGGGCCGGGCACGUUCGAUAUCCGGCCGUUCCUUCCUAAAGCGGACCAGGGAGCAGUGUUGAUCACGACGCGGUCGUCUCAGCUGCAUCUGGGUCGUCCCGUCGCGGUGAAGAAGCUGCGGGGCAUUGAGCACAGCCUGGAGAUACUGUCGCAGACGUCCAGACGAGAAAGGCUAAGUCUUGACGUCGACGCUCGGAGGCUAGCUGAAGAGCUGGACGGGUUGCCGCUGGCUUUUGCUACGGCCGGCGCCUACCUCCACCUAGUACCAGAUAGCUUCGCGGAGUAUCUCCAAUCGUACAAAGAGUCGUGGGCUCAACUGAAGCAAGACACCCCGCAGCUGCUGUCAUACGAAGACAGGACGCUGUACACAACGUGGGGAAUCUCUUUCGACCAUGUCAAGAAGCAGAGCUCGCUCGCGACAAAGCUUCUGCAGCUGUGGGCCUACUUUGACAAUCAAGACGUGUGGCUGCAGCUUCUGCAAGAAGGCCGAGACAAUGCGCCAAAGUGGUUCUGCGAACUGACGCGAGAUCGACUUGUGUUUAACAAGGCUGUAAGAGUGCUCUGUGACCAUGCGCUAGUCGAAGCAGAUACGACGCUUGGAGAAGGUGGCAAGGAGUCACGAGGCUACGGCAUGCACAGCUGUGGGCACGCGUGGACGAAGCAUGUGGUAAACGGUGGAUGGGAUGAUGGGAUGGCCAGGCUUGCACUGAGGUGUGUGGGGCUACACGUACCUAGUACGGACGCACUGCAGUACUGGGUGACGCAGCAGCGGCUGCUUCGGCACGCAAACCAAUGUCACAGCUCUGUGAAUACCGUGCUCACGGGACGGGAGGAUGACAUAACUAUAAUGGAUGCAGUUCAUGGCCUAGGCGAUCUCUAUAGGAAUCAGGGCAAGCUAGACAAGGCAGAAGAGAUGCGCGAUCACACGUCGACUCUUGACACGGUCAACAACCUAGGCGCCCUCUACGCUAAUCAGGGCAAGCUAGACAAGGCGGAAGAGAUGUACGAGCGGGCGCUGGAGGGCUACGAAGAGCGCUUUGGGUCUGAUCAUCCGCGUUGUUGUAGUCUCCGCCAAGAUCUCGCGACACUUUAA